AUGUUUUUUCUUUUCAAAAAACAAUUCUAUUUAAUUUCACUUGUAAUAUUGUCCCUCAUUCUUACUGUAAUUUUAUACAUUUCCUAUCAAAGUGGAAUUCGUAAAAUUUCACAUCACACACUGAAACUGUUGAUACAACGACGACAUGAAAUUCUCACUCAAAGUACUCGAAUCGAAAAAACAACAAAAAAUUUACAACCUGCUUCAUCAUCGAGAGAAGAAUUUGUGAAUCAUGAUAAGGACAAGAAAUUAAGAGAAUCACCGACUCGAAAAAACAAAGGAAUUGUUUAUCCCAUCACUUUUAUUUCUCAAAAUUUAGAAAAUGCAUUAGCAAUGUUACGAUCGAAUUGUCAAGUCUAUUUGGCAUCGUAUUACAGUUUUAAUGAAAUUGGAAAAGUCAUGCCAACAUAUAUUGGUCAGGAAAGAGUCAAUAUUUAUGGCCAUUGGAAAAAGUACAUGAUUUUAAAAAAGUUUUUACAUAGUCAAGCAUCUUCCUACAUUGAUGACGAAGAUUAUGUUUUUUUCAGUGAUGGUUUGGAUGUCAUGUUUUAUGACAAUGUACAAAAUGCCAUUGAUAUUUAUUGGAAAUAUCUUAAAGAUGAAGGAAUUGAUGUGGAACGAGAUCGAGAAUUGAAUUGGCCUCUCUUAUUUAAUGCAGAAAAGAAUCGGUUUCCUCCACCAAAAUUAUUCAUUCCUCUCAUUAAGAACAUGGAUGUCAACACAGUGGUCACAAAAUAUGUACGGAAAGAAAAUUAUCCAGUUCGACCUUACUGUCAUCCAAAAUCCACUUUCAAAUUUCUCAAUUCGGGUCUUUACAUGGCAAGAAAACGUGACAUUAAAGUCUACCUCGAAAAGGCAUUCGAAAACGCCAUUGAUCCAGAAAAUACCCACAAUGAUGAUCAGGCCAUGACUCAAUACAUGUAUGUCACUCAACAAUUGUAUCCAGUCAUUGGAGAUUGUAAUGCCACUCUUGCCAUUCCAACAUUAAUGUCGUGUGAAAGUAUUAAGGUCGAUGUGAAAAAUUCGAAAUGUGAAAUUUACAAUGGUUUCAUCAUCGAUGAGUCUGUGUCUAAUAACAUCAAAGGCACUCACAAUUCUCACACGAGACCUGUAGCCAUUCAUAGUAUUGGAAAACAAUGUCCAGAAUUUUGUCCGUGCUUGCAAGCCAUUAUCAAAUCUGGCCUUUUACAGGAAAAUAUUGAACGUGAAAUGAAGAGACAUCAUUUCAAUGAAAUGUAUCAACUCGAUGAGAAAUUUGGAGUUGUUGUGUACAAUAGUGAUCAUGACAGUUUGAGGAUUCAACCAGUUUUGGAUUUCUGUGGAAGUAGGGUUUUGUUUAAUCCUCCGUCCUCUAAUUGUUGUUAUAAAACAUAUUAA